AUGCGUAGUGACCGACGGUACAGUGACGCAUAUGAUUUGUUCCACCACUACAGUAGUAAGUGUAAAUCGGAUCUGAUAACCAACCUAUGCUCGAGUCCAAUCAUCAUCGCCUUGUGUGAUGAAGGGAAACUCGACAAGGCUCUUGAAUUAUACAAAUACUUGUUGCGGGAUCCUCGUCCGAGUUAUCAUGCAAAACUAGCCCUAGCUCUUGAUGAAGCGAUAGAUAAGUUUUACUGCGUGGAUAGGUCCGUGUAUGGCAUUUUCAUACGUGGCUUCUUGGAUUUGGGGAAUCUUGAAAGGGCUAACCAGCUUUUUCAAGAGCUAAAGUUGAGUGACGACGCGGACGCUGUGGUGCAGGCGAGGGCGAUGUUUAUGGAGCAUUGGUUUAAGCAAGAGAUGGAUGAGGAGAAAGCUAUGGAGUGUUACUACUUGUCGUCCAAGAAAGAUAUCUACGGGACUGCUGAAAAAUGCCGUUUUAAAAGUGUUGAUAAGAUGCUGGAGCAGAGCAAGUACUACCUGGGAAAGUUUGAUUCUGAUUCGUGUAAUAUUAUGGUGAAUGAAAAAAAAAAUGUUAUGGUGAAUGAGUGUUUCAAGCUCGAGAAGAUUAGCGAGGCAGUUGAGAUAUUUCGCAAGUCUAUUGGCACAUGA